AGUCAUCUGUAAUUUGCAGACAGAAAUGGAGCUUUCCAUCGAUCAAAAUUUAAUCUGACGGUGCGUUUGGUUUCCUUGCACACGGCACCCAUUUGCCUAUAAAUUGCGUGCUCCCCUCCUCGUGUUGCUCAUAACGCAGAUCAGCCAAGAACGAGUUCAUCUUCUUCUUCGUGUUGUUGUAGCAUUUGAUUCGAGAUAUGGCGGCGACUGACAUGUCUCCCAAGGCCGGCAAGCCGCUCGUCGAGAAUGACGCUGGCUCAUACCUGGCGUGGUCCGGCAAGGACCAGCCGGCCGUCGCCGGCGAGAAGCUCGGGUGCGGCCUACUCGUCCUGAAGCCCCUCGGCUUCGCGCUGCCGCACUACGCCGACUCCGGCAAGUUCGGCUACGUUCUUGGCGGCAGCGCGGUGGUCGGGGUUCUUCCGGCAGGGGUGGACGCCAGGGAGAGGGUGGUGCGGCUCGAGGCCGGCGACGUGAUCGCCAUGCGCGCCGGGGAGGUCACGUGGUGGUACAACGACACGGACGGUGAGGAUGUCACCAUCGUGUUCAUGGGCGACACCGCCGGCGCCGUCAGCCCAGGCGACAUCUCGUACUUCGUCCUCGCCGGCCCGAUGGGCGUCCUGGGAGGCCUCGACGCCGGCCUCCUCGCCAAGGCGUCGGGGCUGACGUCGCCGGAGCAGGCGGCCACCGCCUUCCGCAGCCAGCCCGCCGCGCUGCUCACCAGGCUAAACGGCAAGCUGCACGGCGUCCGCCCACGCGAGCACGACAGGCACGGGCUCGUCGUGAACGCGGCGCGCGUGCCGGCGGACAGCAACACCGGCGGCGCCGCCGCCGGGACGAAGACGGUCACCGCGGCGCACCUGCCAGUGCUGGCGCAGCUCGGGUUCAGCGUCGGGCUCACGCGUCUCGACGCGGGCGCUGCGGUUCGCGGGCCCUGGGUGCUCCGCGACGCCGCGGCGCAGGCGGUGUACGUCGCCAGGGGGAGCGGGCGCGUCCAGGUCGCCGGCGCCGGCGGCGCGUCGACGCUGCUCGACGCGGAGGUCGCGGCGGGGAGCCUGCUCGUCGUGCCCCGGUACGGCGUGUCGCUCGCGGCCGCGGACGACGCCGGCGGCAUGGAGCUGGUGUCGCUGAUCAAAAGCCCCAGGCCGGCGACGGAGCACUUCACCGGGAAGGGAUCGGUGAUCGGCGGCCUGACGGCGGAGAUCGUGCAGGCGGCGCUCAACGUGUCGCCGGAAUUUGUGGAACAGCUCAGGACCAAGUACUGAACGCCGGAUUUGAUGAAUCCGGUACUGUACGUCCAUGUGUCCUCUCGUCUCUAUACGUUUCCUGUUUUCAGCACGCGACGAAGUUAAUUAGGCAGUGGCUACUGCUCCGGUGUUCAGUCUUGACACGUGAAUAGUCUCUAAACGAAAUAAUUAAUCGAAACCAUACUGUAAUUAGCUGAAGCUGAAACUACUUGUAUGCAAUAUUAUUAUAAAGUACAUUACGCAGCGUGGUGUAAUGGUCCAUUGUACUAUCUAUACGCAACUAAAACAAUGUGUCUAUAGAGUGUCUGGACAAUGAAUAGGGUGUAGAAAAGAGGAUCGGAAAAUCAACAGUUCUUCCCCCUCUGCCAUACCACCUUGAAGACAACGAUUCAUCUUCUUGCGUA